AUGCUCACACUUCAACGUUUUGUAGUCUCUGCACUACUUAUCUUGACUGUUACCUUCCUCUUCUUCGCUCAAACAGCUGAAGCUGCCAAAGGACCCAAGAUUACCCACAAGGUCUACUUCGACAUCAGCCACGGCGAUGAACCCAUGGGUCGUGUUGUUCUAGGUCUUUAUGGCAAAACCGUCCCUAAGACUGCCGAGAACUUCAGAGCUUUGGCAACUGGCGAGAAGGGAUUUGGAUAUCAAGACUCUACUUUCCACCGUGUUAUCAAGGGCUUCAUGAUCCAAGGAGGUGAUUUCACAAAGGGUGAUGGAACCGGAGGCAAAUCAAUCUACGGAGCUAAGUUCCCAGAUGAGAACUUCAAGUUGAAGCACUCCAAGAAAGGUCUUCUUAGCAUGGCCAACGCCGGAAAGGAUACCAAUGGUUCCCAAUUCUUCAUUACUACUUCUACUCCUGGUCAUCUUGAUGGUAGACACGUCGUCUUUGGCGAAGUUUUGGAGGGAUAUGAGAUCAUCGAGGCAAUUGAGAACGUAAAGAAGGGAGGAUCAGAUAGACCAGUUGAAGCUGUCAAGAUCACUGAGAGCGGGGAAUUACCAGUACCAGAAGAAGAUGUAUACGGUACUGCUGAAUUUCAACCCGGCAUGGAAGAAGUCGAAGUUCCUCUUGCACCAACCGAUCCUUCCACUCCUGCUGCUGCCACCGCAGUCAUUCCAGUUGUUGGUACCCCACCAAAAACCGAGACAGAGGAGUUUGGCUAUGCUGAUGAGGCUGGUUACACUCUUUUGCAAAAGGGAUUGUUUUUGGCUGUUAUUUUAGGAUGUGUGGCCUUCUACGUACGAAUGAACAGAAGAAACAAGAAGUUUGAGAGGUCAAUCGUCUAG